AUGGCGACCUCUGUGGGCGGCGACGUCCGCCUGUCUGAGAAGGACCUCGGAGCUGUUUUACGAGACUCUGAUGAAUGGGCCUUUCUCGAGUACCUCCUGCAAAUGAGUGUGAGGACGUCUCGCGUGCGGCUGCUUCAAGCUUGGCACAUUGCAACGCCUCACCUCGUCAGCGCCUUCGAAAGAAGAACUCAGGGCCGCUUGCUGACGUACUCCUUCGUCGACACCGCCUCGCUUGACGAAGACAACUCCCUCCAGGAUAUCGCGCGAAGGGGCCUGAAGAUCCCGAUGACGGGCAUGCGCUUCGCUGUCGGAAACUUCAGUCUCCCUGGCUUCCCUCUUAUGCGUGGAGGCCCUGCCGAAGCUGAGGAUCCCUUCGUUCUCCCGUCUAGUGCUGUAUCAACGCGUCAGGAGGAAGCCAAAAAGGACAGAAGCAAAUUCCUUGACGCCGCCCGUUCACAGCUGCUGACGGGCGAACGGCGAAUCUUCGAGUAUCUUCUGUGUCAAGUCGGUGUGGGCCGCUCUGUCGUUGUCGAGGACGAGAAGGAAGCGUGUGGAAGUCGCUUCUCACUUCUCUGGGAAUAUGAUUCGGCUUAUCUGGAGAAAGGUGCACUGGCCCCCGAGGAAAGUCUCACUGUGCACUACCAAGCUGUCGACGACUCGAAGUCCGGAGACGACGGCCCGCUGAAGAAGACGAAAGAUCAGGAGGAGGCGAGGAACUCGCGCCCCGCGUCUCUUCCCUCGAUCUUCGGCGACGGCAAAAAGGUGACGCCCGGUGUGCUGCCUCAGUACACCUUCCGCCACGAUUACGUCGUCUACGACUCCUCACAGGUCCUUCCCAGGUUCUUUCUUCUCUUUGAAAUGGAUCCCUCGCUGGAGGAGCUGUUCGCCGUGCCUCUCUGCGAUAACUGCCAAGACAAUCCUGCAUGCAUCUGGUGCCCAGCAGAUGCUGCACGCCUCUGUGCGUCGUGUGACGAACUCAUCCACCAGCAGAACCGACUUGUCUCCCGGCACAUUCGAGUGCCGCUGAACGAGAUGCCGCGGGCGUUUGGGACAUGCAGACGCCACCCUGGGGAAGUGUACGAACUGUUUUGCUCCAUUUGCCACGUUGCCGUCUGCCGCCUCUGUCGCGGAAACCAUCUUCACGCUGCUCCGAGCAAAGCUCUCGGCGAUGAAGGGUCUCUCUCGAUCGUUGCAGGAGGCAGGUCCCUGAUGCCUCUGAAUAAGCCGUACCAGGCCGUUCUGCACAUGGCGAAGAAGCCGCACUUUGUUUUGGCCGCAAGACGAACUGAGUUGGAGAAGCGUCUCGAGGAAGUGCAGAAGAUGCUCGACGGGGUCCGCCGAAAUUGUCGCGAGGAGGAGCAGAGAUGUUACGCUAUUCUUGAAGAAGCCAUCACGCAACUUCACAGCUGCACGGAGGACAAGAUGGGGGCGGUUCUCUCGAGACAGCUCGAGCUUCAGAGGGAAAUCGACACGAUGGACUGGAGCGAAUCUUUCCUCCAGUACCUGCGCACCGUUCUGCCUCCUGCCGACUUCCUCCACGCCUGGUUGCGACACUGCCGUCUGCGCGACGAGUUGGACGCCCUGGCCGGGGACCCCUCCAUGCUGUCGCGCAACGUCUUUCCGGACAUGCGGCUGCAAGGCCGCGUGGAUAUCCUGACCGAUUCGGCGCUACGCCGCCGGGACUACGUGGCGGUGGAAGGUCGGAGAGCCCCCAUGGCGACUGCAGGGAGCGACAAAAAAGGCCCGGAUGAACAGAGGCGGAAGAGUCCGGAAAAGAGAGUCCACUUCGGCUCCACACUUCUCGCAGGCUAGGAGGCGGGGACAUCCAGAGGCGCGCCGAGACGGAACGAAGAGGACGAUCCCAGGGCCAUGGUCCGCACGGAGACGAACAAGAAGAGCGACAGAAGAAAAUGCCAAAAGUUUUCUCUCUUCUCGCCCUGCAGCGCUGGACCUAUGCACGUUUUUCGACGAACGGGGGGGCGUCGGGAGAUGCGGGGGUCUCGCGCGGUGGAGGUUUCUGCUCUAUGCGACGUGGCUUGAGAAACAGGAAAGGCGCGGAAGGGAGAGAGACUUGGGGUAACGGAAUCAUGAUCUGA